CUUACAACUUCUACUUGUCUUACUACUAUUAUUAUAGUCACAAUGGCUAAGAACAAAGUGCUUUUGGUUCUUGGGUUAAUACUUCUCCUCGCCAUAGGUCUGUCCUCUGCUGAGAGGACCUUGAAUGAGGGUUACACGCCCGGUGGAGGUGAAGGUGGACAUGGUGGUGGAGGAUAUGGGAAGGGAGGUGGAGGUGGACAUGGUGGUGGAGGAUAUGGAAAGGGAGGUGGAGGUGAAGGUGGACAUGGCGGUGGAGGAUAUGGGAAGGGAGGCGGAGGAGGACAUGGUGGUGGAUAUGGCAAAGGUGGUGGAGGUGGACAUGGACAUCCUUAGAGGAAGGAUGAGUAGAUCCAUGGAUGAGGAAGAGCACUAGGAUGAGGAUGAGCAGCUCCAUGGAUUGAUAUAUAUAUAUAUAUAUAUGUUUGAGCAGUGGUUGUGUGAUAAUAUUAUUGUGUGAGUAUCAUUAUGUGAUGUGAUAAAUAAAACUACUGCUUUUAUAUAUGCUUGCUUUUGUU